AUGGAAAGUGAACACAAUGUACAACAAAGCCAUCUCUCCCCUGAGCAAAUCGAAGAACUGUACCAGCAAUUUGCCACUCGAUUUCGAAUCGAAGAAGAAGAACAACGAAAACACCAUCAACUUACCCUCCCAGAGGCCAUUCAGACAGACCUGGAAGAGACUCCCAAAUUGGAGAUGCAGUCAAACAUCAAAAAAUACAUCCGCGACCUUCCCAACUACGAAGGAGGUGACUGGACUAUCAAUGAGACAAUCAAUAAAGAGUUUACACCUGACAUCAAGCGAUUCCAGAUCGAUGCUUACCAAGCCCUUCAAAGUCGUUACAAAGAUGCGGAAAGAAUCAGCAACACAGCAAAGGCAGCCACAGAUAUCUACAAAGACUAA